AUGGCCGCUGCCCGGAGGAUGCGGCCCUGGGCCGUGCCGUGGAUGAUGCUCGGCCUGCUCUGCCUCCCGCCCUGUGCCAGGGCCCAGACGAAGAUCCCGCUGGAGACGGUGAAGUCCUGGGCAGAUGCCUUUGGUGGGGAGCUGUACUCCAUUGUGACUAAGUAUUCAGGCUCUCUUCUUUUACAGAAGAAGUACAAGGAUGUGGAGCCAACUCUGAAGAUCAAGGAGGUGGAUGGCUUGGAGCUGGUGAAGAAGUUCUCAGAGCAGAUGGAGAGCAUGCUCCGCAGGAAGGUGGAAGCUGUUGAGAGGCUGGUGGAAGCAGCAGAAGAAGCAGAUCUGAACCAUGAGUACAACUCCUCACUGGAGUUUGAUUACUACAACUCUCUCCUGAUUAAUGAGAAGGAUGAAAAUGACAAUUAUGUGGAGCUUGGGGAUGAAUUCAUUCUGGAGCCAAAUGAGCAUUUCAAUAACCUGCUGGUGAACACAACCUACAGUGAUAUCCAGCUGCCCACCAAUGUCUACAAUAAAGACCCUGCCAUCCUCAAUGGAGUUUACAUGUCAGAAGCCCUGAAUCCUAUUUUUGUGGACAACUUUGAAAGGGAUCCCACACUGACCUGGCAGUACUUUGGCAGCUCCACUGGAUUCUUCAGGUUGUACCCAGGAAUAAAGUGGUUACCAGAUGAGAAUGGAGUCAUCUCCUUUGACUGCAGAAACCGUGGCUGGUACAUCCAAGCUGCCACCUCUCCCAAGGACAUUGUCAUCAUUGUGGAUGUCAGUGGCAGCAUGAAGGGCCUGAGGAUGACCAUUGCCAAGCACACCAUCAUCACCAUUUUGGAUACUCUGGGAGAAAAUGACUUUGUCAACAUCAUUGCAUACAAUGACUAUGUUCAUUUUAUUGAGCCCUGUUUUAAGGGUAUCCUGGUCCAAGCAGACAGAGAUAACAGAGAGCACUUCAAGCAGCUGGUGGAUGAACUGCAGGCAAAAGGAGUGGGAACUGUGAGAAAGGCUUUGACAGAAUCCUUCAAAAUCCUGAGAGAGUUCAGAGAUGCUGGCCAAGGAGGUUUGUGUAACCAAGCCAUCAUGCUGAUCACCGACGGAGCCGUGGAGGAUUACGAAGCCGUGUUUGAGAAAUACAACUGGCCCGAUCGGAAGGUCCGGGUGUUCACGUACCUCAUUGGGCGGGAGGUGACUUUUGCCCCGAACGUGAAAUGGAUCGCCUGCAACAACAAAGGCUACUACACCCAGAUCUCCACGCUGGCAGACGUCCAGGAGAAUGUCAUGGAGUACCUGCACGUGCUCAGCCGGCCCAUGGUCAUCAACCACGACCACGAUAUCAUCUGGACCGAAGCUUACAUGGACAGCGCGCUGCCACAGUCUGAGGAGCUCUUUGCGUCGCAGGCUCAGAGCCUGCUGCUCAUGACGACGGUGGCCAUGCCAGUGUUCAGCAAGAAGAACGAGACGCGAUCCCAUGGCAUUCUUCUGGGUGUGGUGGGCUCUGAUGUGCCACUGAGGGAGUUGUUAAAACUUGCUCCACGGUAUAAGCUGGGUGUCCAUGGCUACGCCUUCCUGAACACCAACAACGGCUACAUCCUUUCACACCCCGACCUCCGUCCUUUGUAUAAAGAAGGAAAGAAACUGAAGCCAAAGCCGAACUACAACAGCGUAGAUCUCUCAGAAGUGGAAUGGGAAGACCGGGAUGAAAUACUGAGAAGUGCCAUGAUCAAGGGGGAAACAGGCUACCUCUCCAUGGAUGUGAAGGUCCCUGUGGACAAAGGGAAACGAGUUCUCUUCCUCACCAAUGAUUAUUUCUUCACGGACAUCAGUGGCACACCCUUCAGCCUGGGUGUUGUGUUGUCCAGGGGGCACGGGGAGUACAUUCUGAUGGGGAACACUUCAGUGGAAGAAGGUUUGCACGACCUGCUCCAGCCAGACCUGUCUUUAGCAAAUGAAUGGAUUUACUGCAUCACUGACAUUGAUCCUGACCACAGGAAGCUCAGCCAGCUGGAGGCUGUGAUCCGUUUCCUCACUGGAGAGGAGCCUGACCUGGAAUGUGAUGAGGAGUUGGUUCAGGAAGUGCUGUUUGAUGCAGUGGUCACUGCCCCCAUGGAGGCCUACUGGACAACACUAGCCCUCAACAUGUCCUUGGACACUGAGGCAGGCAUUGAGAUGGCGUUUCUGGGCACUCGGGCUGGACUCAUGAGGAGUGCCCUGUAUGUGGGCUCCGAGAAGAUUUCCAACAAGAAAUUCCUGACACAGAAGGACAAGGCGAGCAUCUUCACCAUGGACCACUUCCCUCUGUGGUACCGCAGGGCGGCCGAGCAUCCCCCCGGCAGCUUCAUCUACAGCAUUGUCUCAGAAGAUGAUUCAGAGGGGGGUGGCCUGCCAAAAGUGGUGACAGUGAGCACGGCCGUGUCUGUGUCUGUGGAUGGGAAGAUGGGAAUUGCUGCAGCGGUGGGUGUGCAAAUAAAGCUGGAUUUGCUCCAACGAAAGUUUUGGAUGGCCAUGCAACAGCCCAAUGACACUGAUUGUAGUGGCGUGGAUGGAGCCUGUCCACUCAGCUGUCAGGAUGAUAUUCUGAACUGCUUCCUCAUCGACAACAAUGGCUUUAUACUUGUUUCCAAAAUACCUGAAGAGACUGGAAAAUUUUUUGGUGCAGUGGACGGCUCAGUGAUGACCCAGCUGCUAAACAUGGGCAUGUUCAGGCGAGUGACCAUGUAUGAUUACCAGGCAAUGUGCAAGGUGCCCUACCACCACCACAGCGGUGCCCAGCCCCUGCUCAGCCCAAUUUAUGCCUUUGUUGCUGCAGUGAAGUGGCUAAUAAGUGAUUUCCUCAUCUUCCUUUUGGAAUUUAACAUGAGUAGCUUCUGGCACUCAGACAACUUGGCAGAUGCCAAGGCUGUCUUCCAUCACUCUCACAGGCACAAGAAGCACGACCUGCUGCAGCCCUGCGACACCGAGUACCCCGUGUUCGUGUACGAGCCGGCCAUCAAGGAGACCAACGGGCUCAUCAGCUGUGGAGACUGCCAAAAGAUGUUUGUGGCACAGCAGAUCAUCAGCAGUAACCUCCUGCUCCUCGUCACAGACACUGUCUGCGACUGCAGUGUCUUCCCACCCGUCCCAAUGGAUGCAAAAGAGGUCAAAUAUAACGCUUCGGUCAAGUGUGAGCGGAUGCGCUCCCAGAAGCUGCGCCGGCGGCCGGACUCGUGCCACGCCUUCCACCCUGAGGAAAAUGCCCAGGACUGCGGUGGCACUGCUGGGAUCUCUGUGUGUCCGGCGCUGCUGCUCCUGCCCCUGGUGCUGCUCCUGCGGUGACACCGCCUU